CACUCCCCCCCCCCUUUGCAACCUGAAGCCAUUCCUUGCAGAAAACUACCCUUCCCGCUUCACCUGCUCUCCCUGCGGGUGAAAGGUUUUUCCAGCACCGGGUGCUUUAAUGGUUAAAAACUACAAGGGCCGUAACAUUCCUAGAGCAGAAGAAAAAGCAGACUUUGGAAUAGGGAGGGAGAGAAAGAGAAGGCAAAGAGCGAGCGCUCUUUCCCGUCCCGCCCACCUGGGAAAUGAAAAGGGGCCAUGUGAAUUUAUAUUGGUCUGGCAAAGAAGCUCGGAGCUGCUGCCUGGAGGGAGCGGCGACGUAAAAGGGCGCAAGUCGGGCCGGCGAGCAGAGAUGCGAUCCAGCAGAGGGGAAGGGCCGCAAGUCAGCGGCAGAGCACCUGCCUCGGCGUGCAGAAAGCUCCAGGUUCGAUCCCUGGCGUCUCCAGGACUUCCAAGUUCCAGGCUUGACCUCUUCUACUGGCUGGAAGAAGACAGAAAAGCCAUCUUUGUUGAGGGCCCCAUGCAAGAGGAGACAGCAGCAGGACUGAGAUUAUCUCUGGGAUUAUCUCUCUUUCUGUCGCCCAAAGAUAGUGGGACUGCCAAAGCGAUCAAGGUGAAACGUUUUCCACAGGACAUCCCUGUGGCAGAAAAGGAGCAGGAGACUCUGCCAGGAAGAUGUGAAGAGAGUAUUUCCGGCCCAACCGACGCAGAUGGUGGGAUUGCAAGAGAGACCAAGGUGGAAGAAUUUCAACAAGACAUCCCUGUGUCAGGAAAAGAGCAUGAGACCCUACCAGGAAGAUACCAUGAGAAUAUCUUCUUCCCGGUGGACAUGGGUGCUGAGAUGCCAAGCCUGAUGCCUCUGGGAAGUUCACAUUCAAGUUUCAACUGGAGUGAAAGCCUUGCUUCCUAUGAAAGAAUUCAUAUAGGAGACACACUAUACAAGUGCUUGGAAUGUGGAAAGAUCUUCAGUCAGCGUAACUCCUUUACUGCACAUCAAAGGAUCCGCACAGGAGAGAAACCACAUAAAUGCUUGCAGUGUGGAAAGAGGUUUGGUCAGAGACCGCACCUUACUUUACAUCAGAGAAUACACACUGGGGAAAAACCUUAUCAAUGUUCGGAGUGUGGAAAGAGCUUUUCUCACAGACCACACCUUACUUCACAUCAAAGAAUUCACACAGGAGAGACACCAUAUACAUGCUUGGAAUGUGGAAAGAGCUUCAGGUGGCGUGAUACCCUUACUUUGCAUCAAAGAAUUCACACAGGAGAAAAACCAUACGAUUGCUUGGAGUGUGGGAAGAGGUUCAUUAGGAGAACAAGCUUUACUUUGCAUCAAAGAAUGCACACAGGGGAGAAACUUUAUAAAUGCCUUAACUGUGGAAAGAGCUUUAGUCGGCAUUACUCUCUUACUUUGCAUCAAAGAAUUCACACAGGGGAAAAACCAUAUAAAUGCUUGGAGUGUGGAAAUAGCUUCCGUCAGCGUGAUGCCCUUAUUUUGCAUCAAAGAAUUCACACAGCAGAGACACCAUAUAAGUGUUUAGAGUGUGGUAAAAGCUUUAGUUGCAACAGAACUCUCAUUUCAAAUCAAAUAAUUCAUACUGGGGAGAAACCAUAUAAAUGCCCAGACUGUGGAAAGACCUUUCUUUAUAAUAGAAGCCUUACUUUGCACCAAAGAAAACACACAGGGGAAAAACCAUAUAAAUGUGUGGAGUGUGGAAAGAGCUUUUAUGACAAUGGAACCCUUACUUCACAUCAGAGAAUUCACACAGGAUAAAAGCCAUAUAAAUGCUCAGAGUGUGGGAAGAGCUUUUCCCAGAGCGGAUCCCUUACUUCUCAUAGAAGGAUUCACACGGGAGAAGCCAUAUAAAUGCUCAGAGUGUGGGAAGAGCUUCAGGUUCUGCAAUUACCUUGUUUCACAUAAUAAGAUACACAGAGGAGAGAAACCAUAUAAAUGUUUUGAGUGUGGAAAGGGCUUCAUUGAGAGCCGUUAUCUUAUAAGACAUCAGAGUACCCAUAGGAAAGAGGAGCACUAUAUAUGCUUACACUGACAGGAAAGCUUAGCGUUUGUAGUUCACUUUUCAGUACAUCUUUGUAAAAGCACAUUGGGAGACAACUGUAUAAAGGUAUGAACUACUGACAAACCUUUGGGGCAAAUUGCAGCCCUCUUCAAUCAUGAAAGGAUUUCUAGAAGAAAGGACCUAAACCACACAAAAACUUAGUGGAAGAGAAGGUUCAGACAACGCCCUUACCUUUUUAGAAAUAUAGUUCUUUCUGUAGCCCCUAACCCCUGACGAGCAGCAGAUGGGAUCCAGCUCCAGUAACUUCUUUCCAAGGAUCUAAGGCAGGUGUAAGGAACCUUUGACCCUCCAGAUGUUACUGAACUAUACCUCCUAUCAUCCAUGGCUAUUGGCCAUAUUUGCUGGGGCUGAUGAGUGCUGUAGUUCAGCAACAUCUGGAGGGCCAAAGAUUCCCCACACCUGAUGUAAGGUGCAAUUGAAUAUUUUUGUCUAGUUUUUUAAAAAAUGUUUUAAAUAUUCAGUUAUUCUAAUCUGCUUUUUAAACAUAAAAUGAGUACCCAGCAUAUGCUGGGGGGUAAAUAAAGGCCGGGGACAGAACUGGCAAUCCCACCCCAUAUAUACGGUCUCUGCCUAGUAAACGUCGCAAGAUGUCACCCUAAGAGUCGGAAACAACUUGCACUACAAGUAUGGGGACAUCUUUCCGUUUAGUAGCUGUUGUAAUUUUUCACAAAGCUCGGUCUUUUUUGCUUGGUUUGGAUUUGCUUUCAUAGAUUUGGGUCUCUUCGCAUUUACAUUCAUGAACCGCUUUGAGUCUUUUUUUGGCAUCGUAAAUGU